UUGACAAUCAAACAAUAGUUGUGGUCAUGGUAUACGCGUAUUGUUUGGUUAUUGGUGCAUGGUAACUAAGGAGUGUGUUGUAAACAUUAUAUUCAACAACCGGAAAAAUGACGGACUGCAACAUACCCGAAGAUGUUAUGUCGAGUUUAUCCACGGAGCAGGUAGCAGAAUUCAGGGAGGGUUUUUCAAUAUUCGACAAAAAUGGUGAUGGCAAAAUCGACAAGAAAGAACUUGGUACAGUCAUGAGAUCACUGGGUCAGAAUCCAAGUGAUAAAGAGAUACUUGACAUGAUAUCAGACGUUGACAUUGACAACAGUGGAACAAUUGAAUUUCCGGAAUUCGUAGCCCUUAUGCUAAAGAAACUCGGCGUUGAUACAAAAGCGGAACUCCAAGAUGCGUUCGCUUAUUUUGACAAAGACAAUAAUGGUAAAAUCGAUGCUAAAGAAUUGCGGAUCGUUCUUACGAGUAUUGGAGAAAAAUUAACUGAUAAAGAAGUAAGAGAAAUGAUAAGUGAAGCGGACACAAAUAACGACGGACUGAUAGAAUAUACAGAAUUUGUUGAAAUGAUGACAGGGGAAAGUGUUUUCAAGUGAAGAUGAAGCCUCUUUACCACAACGUUAUAUGUUACUUUUAAUUUAUUUUAAUCGCACCAGAUGGCAUAAUUUAUACUAAAUUCACACAAUAUACAUGUAUGACCAUGGUCAUUUGGUUGUAUAUAUAAUUUGUGUCAAAUAUGCCUGUAGGGCAAACACCAAUGGUAUUGUACUUUGUGUAAACUGCCAACAAAAUAGUGAUUCGACGUAUUUUAAAUUCUUGCCUAAAUAAUAGUUUCUAACUUCAAUUGCCAAUUUCUAAUGUUCUCUUUAUGUGUAUGUCACAUUUAAUCUGUAUGUAUGUAAGUAAAAUUGUUCAUGUCUUUGUUAAACAAAUUUUCAAAGAAAAAACACAGUAAAUUCAAAUUAAUAAAA